CAGAUCGGGUUAUCCAAACUGCGGAAAAAAGAUCAGAUAUCUGGCAGUAGACUGUAGGACCUGGGUACUAUAGAGGGUUUUCACGUUCAUUAUCGAUUUACAUUAUGGCCUCCCUACUACAAAAUGGGAGAGCCCUUUGGCGAAACACUCGCCACCUGUCCGCAGCUCCCACCUGGCAUUCAUUCACACGCAAAUCCAUUCACUGUCUGACACAUACGCGACAGCCGUUGGCCCGCAGUCGCCUAUUAUCAUUGCUAGAGACGCAGAGUUGGGGGUCGAUACGGAGCAUGGCGUCCGAAAGUGACCCGAAAACGAAUGACGAGGAGCGGAGAUUGCCAAAGGGGUUUGAGCAUUUUGCCAAGCCGCCAAAGAGAGAGCCAAAGGAGAAGGAGCGUGAAAAUGAGGAAGAAGAGAGUUCGCGGGAGGAGACGGGACGGCGACAAAAGAAGAGGGAUAGUGAGGGUGCAGAAGACAAAGGGAAAAGCGGCAAGAUUCCAAAACCUCCGCCACCAAUAGAGAUCUUUACAAUCAAGAUCAACCCCAACAUGGUCCUCCUCUACGGUCUGCCCGCCGCAUUUUUGCUAUACAACUUUUGGUCCAGCUACUCUUCCGAACAGCAAAUAACAUGGCAAGAUUUCCGCGCCAACAUGCUCGACAAGGGCUAUGUUGACCAUCUGGAAGUCGUCAACAAAAGCAUUGUACGCGUGUACCUCCGUCCUGAUGCUCCCCAACUUCGUUCGUCAUCUCAUGGUCCUUUGCCCGCCAACCAACCCCACUACUACUUUACGAUUGGGAGUGUAGAGUCGUUUGAGAGAAACUUGGAGUUGGCGCAACGGGAGCUUGGGAUCCCUGCACGGGAACGUAUACCAGUGACCUAUGUUAAUGAGCUCAGCACCAUGUCCAUUUUGCUGAACUUGGCGCCAACAUUUUUGAUGGUGGGUGUCUUGUUCUGGCUAUCGCGGCGGGCGGCUGGUGGUGCGAGUGGUGGACAAGGCAUCUUUGGAAUCGGCAAGUCGAGGGCGAAGCUAUACAACCAUGAAACAGAGGUCAAGGUCAAGUUCAAGGAUGUAGCAGGGAUGGAUGAGGCCAAGGAGGAAAUUAUGGAGUUUGUAAAGUUUUUAAAGGACCCUGCGCGAUACGAGCGGUUGGGGGCAAAGAUUCCCAAGGGUGCAAUUUUGUCGGGGCCUCCUGGAACGGGUAAAACGCUCUUGGCCAAAGCCACGGCAGGAGAGGCGGGUACACCAUUUUUAAGCGUAUCUGGAUCCGAGUUUGUGGAGAUGUUUGUAGGAGUCGGCUCGUCCCGUGUGCGAGACCUCUUUGCCAACGCCAAAAAACAUGCCCCGUGCAUUAUUUUCAUUGACGAAAUUGAUGCGAUUGGAAAGGCGCGUGGAAGGGGUGGAUACGCCGGUGGAAAUGAUGAACGGGAGAGCACACUCAACCAACUGUUGGUUGAAAUGGACGGGUUUGGAUCGAGCGAGCACGUGGUUGUGCUGGCGGGUACUAACCGGCCUGAUGUUCUUGACCCGGCGUUGCUCCGACCUGGCCGAUUCGACCGACACAUUGCCAUCGACCGGCCUGACAUUAAGGGCCGAGUGGAGAUCUUCAAGGUGCAUCUCAAACCUAUCAAAACGACCGAGGACAUUGAAAAGCUUGCUCGGAAAUUAGCAGCAUUGACUCCAGGCUUUUCUGGAGCGGAUGUUCACAACGUCUGUAACGAAGCCGCCCUCAUUGCUGCCCGACAGCUCUCUGAUUCCGUCACGGAGAAGCAUUUUGAGGCUGCCAUCGAACGUGUUAUUGCUGGUCUCGAAAAGAAAUCCCGUGUCCUCUCUCCCGAAGAAAAGAAGAUUGUUGCUCAUCACGAAGCCGGACACGCUGUUGCUGGAUGGUUCCUCCAACACGCCCACCCCCUCCUCAAAGUCUCCAUCAUCCCCCGUGGAGUCGGCGCCCUCGGGUACGCACAGUACCUUCCAAAAGAAGAAUACCUGCACUCCACCUCUCAAAUGCUCGACAUGAUGUGCAUGACCCUCGGCGGCCGUGCGUCCGAGCAAAUCUUUUUCAAGUCGAUCACAACGGGUGCACAAGAUGACCUCCAAAAAGUGACGAAAAUGGCAUACGCCCAAGUCAUGACGUACGGCAUGACGAAACUUGGUCACAUCUCAUACGGCAACCCGAACGGCGAACAGCAGUUCCAGAAACCUUAUUCUGAAGAAACUGCCAAACUCAUUGACGAAGAAGUUCGGGGCAUUAUUGCAUCUGCUUACGAGCGUACUGUCCAGCUUCUCACGGACCGAAGUGCUGAAGUCAAAAAAGUCGCAAACUUGUUGUUGGAAAAGGAAGUUAUUGGUCGGGAAGAUAUGAUUAAACUUUUGGGACCUAGACAAUGGCCGGAUACUGGCAACUAUGUGGAGUACCUCGGCACUCCAGAAGGGCAGGACGCACACGAGUUGGUGGAACAGUUGAAACAAGAAGAACAGAAAAAGAAAAAGGAUGCUGAGAGUGAUGCAUAGAAUUUCGAUAUCAUUAAUUUUGGUGUUUGAUGUGAUGAUUUUUUUUACAAGAAACAUCUGGUUUAAACAACGUGUCUGUGAUUGGAGAUUGACCUCUUAAAGAUACCUCAUUCUGAUUUUUCACUAUUGGUUUAUGUGUACGGAUUUGGGCUUUGAGUGAAUCGCAUGAUA